AUUGAAAUUGAGUAAAUUUGUGUUAAUUUUUUGGUGAAUAGAAAAGGUUUCGCGUAGUGAAAAUGCCUUCUAAAAGUAAGCGCAAUAACGAGCAGGCAAUGAAGAAGCGUAAAGUGGAGAAGGGCGGUGGAGGCAAGCCUUCAUCGGAGAAGAAGAGACGCUCUUCUUCCUCGUCAUCUGGCAGCUCCAUCAGCGACCGCUACAGCAGCCGCAGCUGCACCAGCGACAGCUCUUACGAUUCAACAUCCACAGACUCGCAGAGCGUGUCGACAGAUGAAGAAAAGCCUAGUCAUCGCACACGUCACUGCAAAUCAAUUAGACAAUCAAAAUGCAACCGAGUGGUUGGUAGUGGUUUAUACAAAACGAAGGUUCCAGAACUUCUGGUUCCAUCGCCGUCGUUGACACCAGUCCGGAAGACUGUGUCAACUAAGAUGGCAGCAGCGGCAACAACUUCCAUGCCAGAUCCGGCAGCAUUAGAGACUUGGUCACCAAUGCCAAGUAACUCCAAGAAAUCGAAAUCGAUGAAGAAACGCAAGGGCCGGGCCGCAUCGCCAACUCAAAAACUCAAUGAGAAGAAAUCAGUCACUGCAGUACCAAACACCAAAUACCAGAAACCCCAAAAAGCACCUGAGGCAACAACGCCCAAAGGCAAGAAGGAGCGCCAAAUACCUUCAGCCAAAAAAGCAAAGGAGAAUGAGCCGCAUCCAAUCUCAAGCGGCAAGGGUCAUCGCUCACCCACGCGUCCAGUUGAGACAUCCGAGAAUAAAAAUAAUAGGCAUACAACAUUAUGUUCAGCCGAUAUACAUAAGAAUUCCCGUGCUAAACAUUCGACCUCACAAGGAAAGGUCAAGGAUGCAAAACGCUCAGAGAAGCACCCAUCAACCCAUGCAGUCGCAAAGCCAAAGAUAAGGGAGAAUGAAUCAUCAACAUGGCACUCAACUUCACGUGCCAGAGACAAGGUGAUGACAUCAUCAUCAUCGCACUCAUCUACCAGAGCCAGAGACACUGAGCUACAACAGAUGCUUUUCCACGCAAUCACAGUGCCAAAGGAAAUUAUUCUUGACCAACAUAGCCCCGAACCAGUUUGUCCAUCGUCAAAACCGUAUUUUGAGGAUGUACGCAGGGAUGUGAGGUCGGCAUCGCGAACCAGGCAAUGGCGCUCAUCAUCGCGGCCAGCUCAUCGUGACGGGGACAGACGCUCACCGUCUGGUCAACGUGAUCGGAUUAGGUACCGCGACCGUCGCUCACGCUACUCGCCAACGCGCUCGUAUGAGUUCAGCAGGAGCCAAAUUGCGGAGCGACAAAGGACCGUGCGCCUGCACAUUCACGGGCUGUCGCCCCACGUAACCAAGACGCACAUCUUCAACAUUUUUAACAGCUUCGGGCCGGUGAUAAGCGUUGACUUUCCUUAUAAGCGCAACGAGUUUGGCUUCGCUGGGCGCGGAUAUGCCUUUGUCGAGUUCGAAAAUCCCGAGGACUGUGAGAUAGCGCAGAAGACAAUGAACGGUGGCAAAAUCGAUGAUCAGCGCAUCUCAGUCACCGCCUUCGAUCAGAACUUGUUGCGUUACCCAUGGCGUCCUCGCUUCUGACCUCUCAACACUCAUUGAACCCGCAUAACAUAACACGACACGCAGCACACAAACAUUGUCGAUUCCUUGAAGAACUGAACUAUUUACAAUAUUAACACUUGCUUGCGAUUAUAAUGUCACACACACACACACACACACACACACACACACACACACACACACACACAUAUACAAUUAUAAUUGUUAUCGGGGGAUUGAAUAAAAUAGAUGAACAUUCA